CUCCCACUCCCCCCGGUCCUUGCUAACCUGUGGCCUCCAUGGAUGCUGGGAAGAUGCCCGGCGGGACAACCCUCUCCCACUUUAUCACCGCCGCCCUCCUGGGGCUGGCCGCCGAGGCAAGCCUCACCCGCCGGGCGCGAGGCGGCGGCCCGGCGGAACCGGCGAAGGGUCGUCCCCACCCUCGCCAUCACCAUGUCAUCCCACGUUUAGAUCGGACCGAAUCCGGCCACCUCGCUAGGCUCGAGAGCUUCUCCGAGUACGUUGCUAGGCAACUGGGAUUUGAAGAUGGGAGGGAGUGCCCGCGGCUGAGCAAGCUCGCGAUCGAGUACUUGAAGAGGACCAAUGGGUGUGAGGAGGACAUCUUCGAGUUCUUUGCUAGCGAUCAGGACGCGAAGUCGCUGUGCGAGAAGCUCAUCGAUGAGUUCGAGCGAUGCAUCCUCAGUUACUUUGCGUUCCAUUGGAGAGAAGCGUCUGCUAUGAUUAGUCAGGUGCUGAGUGACGAGCCCAAGACUGGGAUAAAGCUCAAGCACUUUGUGUUGGCCGCUACAAGGAAACUGAGAUUUGAGAAGGUGGCCAGGGACCUAAAAGUAACGAGGGUGAUAAGCACCUUGGUAGAAGAGAUGAAGUUGAUCGGAGGGCCCGUGCGCGAGGGCGAUGAAUUGACAGACGUGAUGAUGCCGGUGGCUCACAGUCGCAGAAGCCCGGUCUUCUUGCUCAUCGGUGGAGGUGCCGGAGCCGGAAAGAGCACUAUCAUCAAAGACAUUCUUCAGCAGCCGCUCUGGGUUGAAGCAGCAAGUAAUGCCGUGGUAGUGGAGAUUGAUGCAUUCAAGGAGACGGAUGCUGUGUACCAGGCACUCUGUGCAAAUGGUCGUCAUGAUGACAUGCUUCAUACCGCUGAACUGGUCCACCAGUCAUCUGCUGAUGCAGCAUCCUCGCUUCUGGUGACUGCACUCAAUGAAGGAAGAGACGUGAUCCUGGAUAGUACUCUGUCAUGGGAGCCCUUUGUCGAGCAGACAGUCGCGAUGGCUCGGGAGAUCCACAAACAUCGUUACAGAAUGGGGGUCGGAUACAAGGAGGCCGCUGAUGGCACCGUCACCGAACAAUAUUGGGAGAAGGUUUCGGAAGACGAACCAAAUCCCCACAGAAAGCCGUACCGGAUUGAGCUGUUGGGAAUUGUGUGUGAUCCUUAUCUCGCCGUUGUGAGAGGCAUCAGGAGAGCCAUAAUCUCGAGAAGAGCCGUAAGAGUGAAUACACAGCUCAAAUCCCACAAGAGAUUCGCGGACGCAUUUCGGAGGUAUUGUCCGCUCGUGGACGGUGCAAGGCUCUAUCGUAACGGCGCCAUGGGUGGCUCACCUGCGUUGAUAGCAUGGAAAGAUGGGAACAGCAACCUGCUUGUUGAUCCGGAAGAGAUCGAGUGUCUGGCCACCAUAAGCAAAUUGAAUCCGGAUGCGGAGUCUGUCGAAGAACUUUACCCUGAUCCGAGCCUGAUCCACGGACCCGGCUCGGUCUGGAACGAUGUUGUUCUCUCACAGUCACGGCCAACCAUCCUUUCGGAACUGAGGACUGCGGUCAAGAAAGUUGAAAACCAAGCAAUUUGAAAGUCUUGGAAUUUAACCCUAAGUUUCUAUUUAAUCCUUGUUUUGUCUGGGAUUUGGCCCCCUUUUUUUCUUUUAUUAUUUGGGGCAUUUGAUGGGUAUUCGUGAAGAGGAUAAAUCCUAAGAUAUGAGUAAUCAAUCGAUUGGCUUGCAUAGUACUUUA